AUGGAUGAAGUUGUGGACAUUUCGUUAUUGGACAAAAGUCGUAGUUCCCUCCGUUGUUUAGUCUGUGGACUCCGUGGCGGUUGCAUUCAAUGUGUCAGUGGCCGCUGCGCCAAAGCUUUUCAUGUGCUUUGUGCAUUUCGAUCUCCAUCGAAUAUGAUCUUUACUGGAUAUAAUAUUGACAAUCAACAGGUCUAUCAUUGCAAAACGCAUUUGUCCGACGUCUCGACGGCAAAGUAUGAAAUGGUGGAUCAAUCGUGGUGGAAAUUUCCUGAGGUGCAGAAAUUUGUCGAGGUGCAUCCAGCUACAAGCGAUACGAAAUGUCGCUUUUGCAGUAACAAAGUGAGUAUGGCGAAUAAAGAAGGACAUGAGACGCAGUGUUUACUUGGGUACUUGGCCAGGCAAGAUGCCCAAAAGAGAAAACAGGAGCUGCACAAGCUUGGACUGAAACCGACCGAAAUCUCGUACAAGAAAAACGAUGAGUCGUUUUUGAAGAAAGCAAGCCGCAAGACACGCAGUAAGAGCAAGCCAAUGAAUGGCAAGUAUCAACGGCAAGCGACACCAAUGCGGGCGUGUCCGGAGUGUGGUGAAACAGUGCGACAGACCUUGAUGAUGGGACACUUGAGAAAUAGCUGUCCUAAGAGCCGCCACGCGGUAAAACGCAGGAACAUGAUGUCACCGAGGAAUUGUUCCGCAGGCGUCAAAGGCGAUGCUGAGACUGCAGAUUUGACGGAUGUAUUGUUUGCCUCUUGGCCAGGACAGAAUAGUGGAGCUCCAAUGGAUUCGACAUACUUUUGGAAAAUUGUCGAAAACCAUUUUUUCAGCAGUAGUUUGCUCGAGAAGAAGCGCACGGAACUUAUGUCAAAAAGUUUAUGCGGUUUGAAAUUAGAGGAUGUUAUGAAAGCCUCGCAUCGACGGCCUUUGCAAAUGUCCGAUAUCCAUUGUCGCGAUACGAUUCGAUUGGAACGAAAUAUGGAAGACCCAAAACAGCCUUUGUUGCUCUCAGCGUCUGCUCACAAGUGCGACUUUUUUAUGCGAGCAAGUCAUUGUCGUUGCCCAAGCGAUCCCGCUGCCAAGCCAUGGAUUGAGAUUUGCCAUAAUCCCGAGUGCGGGAGGCUAGUUACCAGACAGGGUGUUGAUUUGGAGUUUAAACACGUUCAAGACGGUUCCGAAGUCGAUAUAGCUGUGCUGUUAAAAAAUGGGGAGAACACAGCAGUUGAUUGCAGAUAUUCCAUGCGCGUUGUGAGGGAAGGCACUAUGAGUCAGCUGGCCGCGGAUAAUGGGACGUUUGCGAGCACUUUCCAGCAUGACGCUUUGUCCACUUUGGUCGGAUUCGACAUGCAGACAAACAAAGUGCCUUUGGCAAAGGAAGAUAAGUUGCUGAUAUCACUCACUGCUUGCAGCCAAGUUCAGGAGGCCUUGGUUGAAAAACCGCGGGAGAGUAUCUCGCAAGUAGCGCCUAUUGUAACGCUUCUCGGUGACAUCGCACUGACGGAUGGCUUAACACCAGCUAUUAAUCUUCUUAUAGAGCAUUUCAAAGAUGCGAUGAAACAAAACCGCUAUCGUAUUCGUACGCUUUACAAGAAGUUGCAAGGAAAUGAGAGUGCCAAUAACAAUUUUUGGCUGUCGGCACAGAUUACUGACUUGUACUAUCGCGAAUUUGCAGCUUGGAAGAGGCUAUGCUUAAGCUUAUUAGUCGGUUACAGUUCUGUUGACCAACUUGAAAUCGAUAACGAGACGACAACUGAAAGUGAAAAACAAGAGAAUGUGACGGAACAUGAAGACGCUGCAAUUGAUGAUGGUACCUGCGUCGUGUGCUUUGACGGCCAGUCACCAGAAGCAAAUCCGAUUAUUUUCUGUGAUCGUUGUGAGCUCGCAGUUCAUCAGCGCUGUUACGGAAUGGCUAAGGUUCCUAGCAAUGAAUUUAUUUGUGAUCGUUGUUUAGUCACGCGUGAAGGGCUGGACCCGGCAAGGGAUGUUUUUUGCCAGCUUUGCUCUUUGAGUGACGGUGCAUUUAAACGCACUAUUGACGGGAAGUGGGUUCACGUAAUGUGUGCGUUAUGGUGUCCGAAAGUGUGGAUUGGCAACUUGUCCAAUCUUUCGGAUAUUAAUUUGGUAGGUACUUCAAAUCAAGUACGAUUUAUGAACUCAGUGGACGAAGUUAGUAUGCGCACGAAGCUAGCUUCGGGUAACCAACAUGCAACUCCAAAAGCUGACGAGCAAUGGGACGUUCCUGCAAUUGAAUUGGGCAGUCUGUGCGUGCACUGCAGAGUCGCUUGUGGUCGUACGAUCCAGUGUUGCCAUCCAGGGUGUUCGACGUCUUUCCAUCCCCUGUGCGGAUGGUUUGAUGGCUUGCCCAUGACCGUAUCACUUGGAAAUGACCGAUACCUGUAUGCCGGUGGCGGAGCUGGGCUUAAGUUUCAGCUUUUCUGCUCGAGUCAUUUGCCUGGAAAUUAUGCUGUAUCGGAUCAGCUAGCCCAGCGACGUCGGCGAGCGCGGUUUCGGAUUGAUUCCUUCUUCGUCAUGCGACACAAGGAAAAUUACAGCAAUCGUGCGAAGAAACAGCCAGAUGAUGAGUCUUCCUUGUUGUCUGGAUCGAUUGUUCAAGCAGUGCUUUCAGUUGAGAGCAAGAUAACUGCUACGAAAGAUGACCCCAAUAUGACGGAUUGGACCGACAUGACGGUUUGCUCAGCGUGUUUCGAGUAUUGUUCGCCCAUUGUAGGGGAUCUGAUGGACACAAAUUUGCUACAUCGGAGGCAGUUCAUGAUACGUUGCCAGUACUGCAAUGUUUAUAUUCACCCUGAUUGCUGUAUUUCGGACAUUGGGUCAUCCGCUACGAUAUUUAGAAGUAACUGGAUCUGUGAGCGGUGUACGCAAGCAGGCGGGAAGGAGGCACCUGAGUGUGUUGUAUGUGCUAAGGCAACCGAUUAUAUGAUGCCUUGCGUCGAUCCGCCUGUCUCAACGGAUCAGCUGAACGUGCAAGCGCUUUUGGACUCAAAAUCAGCGCUAACGUUACCUUGCCCAACCCCGGGUGGCGGCCAGCAACUUUGGCUGCAAGCACACCAGAAUAUGCAGCGAAAACAGCAAGGAUCGAUCAAUUUUGACAGCAGCAAGCACACUCCACAGGGAAAAGACAGUAAUGGAACAUAUCAUCCUUCUUUGACCAGAUGGAUUCAUGUGUACUGUGGCAAGUGGCAAAAGACCAGAACGGUCAGGAGACAUCACAUACUCUGUGCCUACGCUCCUAGCGUGAAGUCUGAUGGCAUGGCAACACGAUGCGAGCUUUGCGAUAAGAAGGAGGGGAUACUUGCGAACUGUGCUCAGUGUCAUCGUCAAUUUCACCCAAUAUGUGCGGCACAAAAGAAGUUGUAUUGCGCUCGACUACAUCGCACCGAGUGGAAAUUCUACUGUGAGGCUCACCCUCCACCUGGCGCGGCUUUCGAUGAAACCCGCCAAUCUUGGAUCACCCAUGAAAUACUAGGCCAACUGCAAGACCUUCGUCGCUCGCUUGAGCGUGGAAGACUGCUGCUAGAAAUGUCUCGCCAACGAGAUCGCCAGCAGAAACGUUUGCUUAAUUUUUGCAAGCUACCGCUCAUGGAAGCAUCGAUCGAAGUGAUUUUGAAAAAGCGUCCGACCGCACAGAUGAAGGAGAUUUAUCACGACCUGACGGGAGAAACGCUGACUGACUUUUCCCGUCGUGCUAAAGCACCGCAAGCGUCGCCACGCAGCUCACGAAGCCGGGUAAGAAGCGGUCCGCGUACUGUAGUGAGAGAUCGCUCUAUCCGUGCGGCUAAACGCUCAUCUACUCAAGCAGCAAUCACUUCUGACGGGAACUUUAAGCGCCGUCGAACACGCGCUGAUAUUGAUCGAUCCAGCGUGGGUUAUCAUAGUGAACGCCCACGGUCUCGGCGAAAGUCUUUAUGCUUAAACCAUACCCCGGACGAUGAAGUCAUCGUAGAUGGAGAUGAAGAUGACAACGAGGUAGAAGCUUUGAAAAAUGUGUGGACAAGUUUGGCAGUACCUACGGAAUGUGACGAUUUUGAUUGUAUCGUUGCCGAGCUUUAUCCUGAAUUGAUGGAUUAG